GGUUUUUUUCCUCCUAAACAAAUCUAACUAAAUUUGUAUUUCCCCAGAAGAUAAUUGUAACUUAUUUUUAUUUUUUUAAAUAAAUUAAUACUUAAAUAAUCUGAUUAGUCAUUUCAAAAAACAAACUAAUUAUGAACUAGAAACUGAUGCUAUUUGUGUUUGAAUGAGAUAAAAUUGUUUUUAUUUAAAUCAACACUUAUUUAAUGAGAGUUGGGUCAAAAUGCCCAAAAUAACAAAAAUCAAUCCACAACAAACAAAAUUAGAGGCUGAUGAACAAUUAUGGAAAUAUUUUGUUAAUGAUUUUCGUAAAGGAUAUGUGGAGGUCACCGAUAAAAAAUUUAUAUUACCCGAAUAUUAUGUAGAAUUUAUGGAUAAAAUCGAAAAUUUUGAAGUUUUUGAUACUGAUGUAUUUGUGAUAACACAUCCAAAAACCGGCACAACAUGGAUUCAAGAAAUGGUGUGGUGUUUAGGACAUAAUUUAGAAGUGAGUGAUGUAUUUUUACCUAAACGUUUCCCAUUCUUGGAAGUAACUACAAUGUUUGAUAUACGAGAAUGCCCUGAACAAUUUGAGGAAUUUGCACAAUGUGAAUUUUUUACAAAUUCAUUGGAGUAUACAAAAAAUUUACCACAACCCAGGUAUAUUAAAACUCAUUUACCUUGGGAUUUGUUACCGAAACAAAUACGAACGGGUGAACGUAAUCCGAAAAUUAUUUACGUGUAUCGUAAUCCAAAAGAUACAAGUGUUUCAUAUUAUCAUCAUUGUCGAAAUGGGGAAGGGUAUGCUGGAGACUUUAAUGUAUUUAUGGAACUAUUUUUAAAUGGUCGAUUAGCAUUUGGACCGUAUCCCGCACAUGUUUUAAGUAUUGUCGAGCAAAAGCAACGUGAUAAUGUCUUAAUAGUUAAAUAUGAAGAUAUGAAAAGUGAUUUAAAAUCAGUGAUAAAACAAGUGAUGGCAUUUUUAAACCAAAAUUAUUCAGAUGAAGAAAUUUCAAUACUUGAAAAACAUUUGUCGUUCGAAUCAAUGAAAAAUAAUAGCGCUGUGAAUUAUGAUACACAUUUUAAAGGUGGAACUUUCAUGCGCGCAGGAGUAAUUGGUAGUUAUAACUCUGAUAUGACACCUGAAUUAAUUAAACGUUUUGAUAAAUGGACCGUAGAUAAUUUUGGACAUUCUAGUGUUUUAAAUGACUUUUUAAAAUGAAGUCAAUUUUAAGAUUUAAUAUCUGAGGUGAAUUAACUUUCACUUCAGAUCAAAACGAAAUCCCAAAGGUAUUCUUUAUUAUGU